UUAGUGAAGGCGUAGAGAUGAUCAAGUGGAUUUUAGCUACAUGGCUGGUGCUGCAGGCCAGUUCAUCGGUCUUCUCCAUAGAAGUAGACACCGACCUGGGACGCGUAAGAGGUGCUAAUCUGACUUCCAGAUUGGGAUUGCCCUUUCAUGCCUUUCGAGGCAUUCGGUAUGCAAAGCCGCCUCUGGAAGAGCUGCGCUUUCUGAACCCCCAACCUGUUGAGGCCUGGAGUCCUUUCGACGCCACCGAAGAUGGGCCCAUGUGUCCGCAACCGUGGGACAAUAUGACCGAUGUGUCCGAGGACUGCCUGCGGCUCAAUGUUUACACCAAGGACUUAAAAGCGCGUCGCCCAGUCAUUGUUUUCUUGCAUCCCGGAGGAUUCUAUGUGUUUUCAGGGCAAAGCAAUUAUUUGGCCGGACCAGAGCAUUUUAUGGAUCGGGAUUGCGUUUUGGUUUCAAUCAACUAUCGCCUAGGUAGCUUGGGCUUUCUGGCUACUGGAACUAAGGACGCUCCUGGCAAUGCAGGACUCAAAGAUCAAGUUCAAGCUCUUCGUUGGAUACAAAAACACAUCCAUAGAUUCGGCGGCGAUCCAAAUAAAGUGACCCUCUUAGGAUACAGUGCCGGUAGUCUUAGUAUUGGAUUGCAUAUGCUUUCGCCAAUGUCGCGAGGUCUUUUCCAUCGAGGAAUCUGCAUGAGUGCCUCACCUUAUGGUCCUCCUAAAUACCACACCAAUGACCUUCAGCUGGCAAAACGCCAGGCCAGACUUUUGAAUUGUCCCCAGGAACCGAUAAAGGAAAUGGUAGAGUGUAUGCGACAGAAAUCCGCUUUGGAUUAUGUGAGCACCUACAACGGAAUGUUCGAUUUUGGCUGGAGUCCUGUGCUAAACUGGAGAAUCGUAGUCGAAGAGGACUUUGGCCAGGAAAGGUAUAUUAUCGAGGAUCCAUUUAAAACUGCGCGACGUGGCGACUUCUAUAAGGUGCCACUAAUCACAGGGGUCACAGAGUUUGAAUUUCUAUCUGGAGCGUUCUUUGAUCUACGCAAUGAGAGCAUUAUAAGCAACUAUAACAAGGACUGGGAACACUAUGCUUCAAUCUCUCUGCUUCUGGAACGGGGCACGAACCAUUCGCGAUAUGCGACUCGCGUUUUUAGGGAGAAAUACCUACCGGAGAGCCUCGAUAAACUGGAGUAUCCCAAGUCCCUGAACGGCUUCGGCAAGCUUGUGAGCGACGCUCUAAUUAAUGUGGCAACCGAUCGCUUUUUGCGGCUUUUGUCCCCUCAUACUCCCAUUUAUGCCUACUACUUCCGCUACAAGGGCAGGUAUAGUUUUCUCAAAAACCCAGACAACCAACAAGCAAUGGGUCCUGUUCACCAUGAUGAGCUCUUGUAUUUAUUCCACGUGGGACUAAUAAGUCCUCUGUCCAAGCCAGAUGAUCCUGAGAGUUUCAUGAUUGAGCGAAUGACGCGAAUGUGGCUCGAAUUUGCUGAAAAAGGGAAUCCUCACAACUCAAGCGAUGAAUACCUAAAGGACUUACACUGGCCUCUGUACAAUUCCAAGGAAAAGGCGUACUUGGAAAUCGACAACAAAGUUUCACCUAAGACUGGUGGCUUCCAUCAGGAGCGAUUUAGCAUUUGGGAUGAAUUGUUUCCCCUUUCGAACUAUUAUUGAAACCUAACUUUUUUAAGUGAAAUCAAAAAUACAG